AUGCUGCUUUCCACGACCUUCCCCUGCAUGUUCUGGAUACUGCUUUCCUGCUUAAUGCUCCAAUCCUGGGUUCAAGGGGAAGACUUUCAGUUAGAACAACCCUCUAAAAGAAUCAGCUGUCCCAGUGGCUCCAAAGCUUAUGAUUCCCACUGCUAUGCUGUGUUUCUGAACGCCAAAACUUGGAUGGCAGCGAAUUUAGCCUGCCAGAAACACCCAGAUGGAAACCUAGUAUCUGUGCUCAAUUCAUUUGAGGGAUCUUUUGUGGCUUCUCUGGUAAAGAGCACUUCAACUACCUAUACAAACAUCUGGAUUGGACUCUACGACCCCACACAGGGCUCUGAACCCAAUGCAGAAGGAUGGGUAUGGAGUAGCAGGGACUUGAUGACUUAUCAGGCUUGGGAUAGUCUUCCUACUGGCACAAAUAAACUCGGUUACUGUGGAAGCCUGUAUCAAAAAACAAAUUACCUGAAAUGGAAAGAAAUUGACUGUGAGCAGAAGUUACCCUAUGUCUGCAAAUUCAAGAAUUAA